CUCAGACUGGACUUUGUCCCGCUGUAUGUGUGACGGGAGAGUCUCUGUUCCUCUGUCAGUGUCAUGAACACGUAACAACAUCUGAACACACAGUAGAUGCUGAUACCAAUGAAAAUGUUUCGGAAUUCGAGUCCAUUCGAUUGGUCCAGUGGUUACGCCGAUUCACUGCAGUCAAAUGGCACAGCUGUGGAUGAAACCUCAUCAGAACUGUCAACUUUAUCCAGACCCAGUGCUAAAUCAAUAUACUUUCAGAGAAAGGAAUAUGCCGAAUCGAUUAACCGAAACAUGCAGCAGUGUCAGUACAGAGUGGAGCAUCUGUUCACCUGUGAGUUAGACGGGCAGCAGGUGUGUAAUGUUGAUGACUGUGUGGAGAGACUGAAGUUUCUGGACACGACGGGACGCGUGUGGGGUCAAGAUGUGAUUCUGGAGGCGCAAGAUGGAACGCUACAUCUCACAGACAUCGAAACCAAGGAUGUGUUGGAGUCAUGGCCGUUGAGCAGUGUUGUAGAGUUGAAGGCCAUUCUGGACGACGGCAUUUAUGACUCGUUGUUGACCGUAUCUGUCCAAGAGCGAGGCAGCCGCGCAACCAACGUCUACCUGUUCCAGAGCGAAUCUCUCAGGGCAGAUUACUUGAAAAAAGACCUGGAACGCCUACUGCGAAACAAAAAGGAUGAUCGCAAACCGAGUAAUAUCAGCAAAGCUCCGGGAACCUUCAUGCAAAGAAACUCUAGAAACGCCUCCCCACCUCCAGAACAAUGGAGCGCUCCAGAUUAUGAUGAUAGCCCUGUUCCAACUCCGCCCCUCUCCAGAAAUAACUCUAUGUAUAUGAGGGUGGAGCCUUUCACUCCGCCUCCUAAAGUAGAAGACAGGGCCCACAGACAGACCCCGCCCCCUCAGAGGCCAUACACUGAGAGAGACAGGAAUAUUGACAUUCUGAAUCAUCUGAUUAAUGACAUUGAAGCGUUUGUGGAAAGAGUAGCAGGUGUGGCUCCAAAAAUGGACAAGAAGAAAAAGAAGAAAAAGCAGAAGAAGAAGAAAGCGGUGAAGGGAAUGCCAACAGAUGAAGAGUUUAUAAUCUGUCUGCAGAAAGUCAAGAUGGUGUUUAAUCUGCUGGCUAAACUGCAGGGACAGAUUACCGACCCCAGUGCUUCAGACCUCACACACUGUCUGUUCUCUAUACUGGACCUGUUAGUGUGUCACUGCACUGAAGAUCUGCCUCAGUCUGUAAUCGCUCCUCUCUUUGAACCGGAGUGUAUUGUGUUCUUGAGUGAAGAAGCUUCAGCCGAUGAAGACAAACUCUGGCAGUCACUCGGAGACGCCUGGAACAUCCCCAGUACUAAAUGGCCAGAAGAUGAUGAAGACAUUCCCACAUUCACACCAGUCUUUGAUGAUGGCUGGGAGCCACGGGACAUCUCAAACACUGAACCAAACAACAGUAACACACCCAGCAGAGAGCCAAAGACACGAGCACCUGACACGCGACAAACGAGUAUGAAAUCACGACAGGAACAACAACAGCAAAGCCCAGAAGUGGAGUUGCCAGCGAGCUACUUGCGAGCGGUAUUUGAUUUCACUGCUCGUAAUGAGCGGGAACUCACUAUCAGUAAAGGUGAAGAACUACAGUUGUUGGACAUGUCUAAGCAGUGGUGGAAGGUAAAGAAUAAAAGAGGGCAGGUCGGUUAUGUGCCGAACAACAUGCUACAGUCUUCAGAUCAGCAGCAGAAAAGAGAAACUCUGUCUGCGCCCGGACUCACCAGAAAAUCCCGUCCGGAUGAAGUCAAAGCCUGGCUGGAACACAAGCAGUUCAGUAAAAUUACGGUUCGUUGUUUAGGAGGUCUGAGUGGUUCGAUGUUGUUGGGAAUGACGCGUGAUGAACUGAAGAUUGUUUGUCCGGAGGAGGGCGGUCGAGUUUUCAGUCAGCUGCAGAACGUCAAAUCUGCUCUCGCGAUGGACAAAGAAGUGAGAUCAAUGAUCUGAGAGAUGACAAACAGAAGCCACUAAUGGAUGAAGGAAAUCAUGUGUGACUGGACACUGUAUUGAUAAUCAGAGCUGCUAAUUCUCUAGUGUUCUGUAGAAAUGCACAAACACGCCGGAGCAACUGUGUACAUGCUUUAUUAAAAUCAACAGAAAACAGCUGUGAUCCUUUGAGUUCUCACUGUGUGUCAUGCUUUGGUCGGUUUUAGGUUGUGCUCAUUUAAUAAAUCAUGCACGUUUUCCGUCCAUGUGACCGAUGAUCUUGCAUUAACGGUUGUGCAUUUAUAAUGAUGUUGUGAAUCAUUAUGGGAAUAUUUGUAGGGAUACUUGGUAAAUAUUAACAGUCAGUUUAAUGUUGUGCUGAAACGACUGCAGAACGCAUGCAAAUAAAAUGACAAACCUGUUAAAUGAUUGUUUUAUGUUCAAUAAUAUAAUAUCUAGCGUAUCAGAAAAUACAUGUCACUACCUUCAUAUAUAUAUAUAUAUAUAUAUCUGUAAACUUAAUAAAAACUUAAUAUGUUCCGGCCAAAGUAUACUUGAGUUUACCGCUACGAUGCACGCAACGCAAAUAUCGUCAUUCGUACCGUAUGCGCGAACGUCUACGAGAGACGGUACGGCACGCAGAAAAACGGAGUGCACGUUUUUUCCGCGUGCUGUUUCGCACACCUUCCGAAGUAGACUCUUCUGACUGCGAACCGUGUGUGCUAAUGUGCUAAUGACGAAAGUUACAUCAUGCACGCUGUGCGCGAGACGUACCGGUACGCGGACAACCCAAGUAUACUCCGGCGUUAAGGGGUUAGGGCAGGCGUAGGGGUUAAGGUUGAUAUUAAGAUAAGGGAAGUUUACGAUUAGAAAAAUAUUCUUCAUAGUUAAUUGUAGCUAAGCUAAAUGUGGUUUGGGCUCUACAGCGCCCCCUGCAGAUAACAUUAUACACGCACGUCUGGAACAGUCCCGCCAUCAGACAAACAUUCCUUUAAAAUGACAUAAAAUCCCAAACAAAGACUCGGAGAAAGCGUAAAAUAAUGAAAGAGAUUUCCACAGUGAAUUAUAAUCAAAAUAAAAUGGCUACUAAAAGACACAUGAGUGCUGUGGUGUUAUAAUGGGGCUUAUAAAUGAGCUAUAACGCCUCGUACUAACACACAUAUUAUCUUCUAUCUGUGCAUAGCUUGUGUCUCUAAUCAUGCACGAGUUUAUCUGAAGUGACUGCGCAGGCAGAGAGGAGCACUGGCGUGUGGCGUGUUCAUUUGG